CAUAUGAGCAUAGAUUGAGAAUCAAAUAGUCAGAGGGACAUAUUGCUGAACCAAAAAUGAUGCCAUCUGGUGCUUCCCUCUGCAACAUUUGUGGGGAACAACUAGUGCUUAGUGAGAAUGGGGAAUUGUUUGUGGCUUGUCAUGAGUGUAGCUACCCAAUUUGUAAGGCCUGUUUUGAACAUGAAAUCAAUGAGGGACAUAAGGUCUGUCUUAAGUGUGGCACUCCCUAUGAAGGGAGAACAAAUAAUGAUAAUGUUGAUGAUGAGCGCGAAGACGACGACGAUGACAUCAUGGUUCAUGAAAAUCCAUCUACAAUGGCUUCCCAGAUCAAUAACUCUGAGGAUGGUGGGGGACUUCAUGCUAGACAUAUCAGUACAGUGUCCUCACUUGAUAUUGAAGAAGUAAAUGAAGAAUCUGGGAAUUCAAAAUGGAAAAAUAGAAUGAAAGGCUGGAAAGGGAAAGGGAAGGGGAAAGGGAAGGGGAAAGACAAAAAGAACAAGACUAAAAAGGAUGCACCUACAGCUGAAAAUGAGGCUGCAGUUCCACCGGAGCAGCAGAUGGAAGAAAUUCGGUCCACAGAUGCUGCUGCUCUGCCACUUUCAGUACUUAUGCCAAUAGUAAAGUCCAAACUCGCACCAUACAGAACUGUGAUAAUUGUGCGGCUAGUAAUCUUGGGUCUUUUCUUCCAUUAUCGAGUUACAAAUCCUGUUGAAAGUGCUUUUCCUCUGUGGUUGACAUCUAUUAUAUGUGAGAUUUGGUUUGCAUUUUCCUGGGUGUUGGAUCAGUUCCCUAAAUGGUCUCCAGUUAAUCGACACACUUAUAUUGAGAACCUCUCUGCAAGGUUUGAAAGAGAGGGUGAACCCUCUGGACUUGCUUCUGUUGAUUUUUUUGUCAGUACAGUCGAUCCUUUGAAAGAACCACCACUGAUUACAGCUAAUACAGUGCUUUCUAUCCUUGCGGUUGACUAUCCAGUAGAUAAAGUAUCUUGUUAUGUGUCAGAUGAUGGAGCAGCAAUGCUCACAUUUGAAUCUCUUGUGGAGACAGCUGAAUUUGCAAAGAAGUGGGUGCCAUUUUGCAAAAAGUUUUCAAUUGAACCUAGAGCACCUGAGUAUUACUUCUCACAAAAAAUUGACUACCUUAAAGAUAAAGUGCAACCUUCUUUUGUAAAAGAACGUAGAGCAAUGAAGAGAGAAUAUGAAGAGUAUAAAGUACGUGUUAAUGCUAUGGUAGCUAAGGCCCAGAAAACACCAGAAGAAGGAUGGACGAUGCAAGAUGGAACACCUUGGCCUGGCAAUAACUCACGUGAUCACCCUGGAAUGAUUCAGGUUUUCCUCGGACACAGUGGUGCUCGUGAUAUCGAAGGAAAUGAACUUCCUAGGCUAGUUUAUGUUUCUAGAGAGAAAAGACCAGGAUACCAACAUCACAAGAAAGCAGGUGCUGAAAAUGCACUGGUGAGGGUGUCUGCAGUUCUCACAAAUGCUCCCUUCAUUCUCAAUCUUGACUGUGAUCAUUAUGUUAACAACAGCAAGGCUGUCCGAGAAGCAAUGUGUUUUCUCAUGGAUCCAGAAGUUGGUAGAGACGUUUGUUAUGUACAAUUCCCCCAAAGAUUUGAUGGUAUUGAUCGCAGUGAUCGAUAUGCCAACCGCAAUACAGUUUUCUUUGAUGUAAACAUGAGAGGACUUGAUGGCAUUCAAGGACCAAUGUAUGUGGGGACUGGAUGUGUUUUCAACCGACAAGCACUUUAUGGCUAUAGCCCACCUUCUAUGGUCAAUUCACCAAUAUCAUCAUGCUGUUGCUGCCCCUCCAGCAAAGAAGUGUCAAGGGUUUCUAGAGAUGGAAAGAGGGCAGAACUUGAUGCUGCAAUUUAUAAUCUCAGGGAGAUUGACAAUUAUGAUGAGAAUGAGAGGUCAAUGCUAAUUUCACAAAUGAGCUUUGAAAAAACUUUUGGCUUGUCUACUGUUUUCAUUGAAUCUGCAUUAAUGGAGAACGGAGGAGGGGUACCAGAAUCUGCAGAUCCUUCAAUGCUGAUCAAGGAGGCCAUUCAUGUAAUUAGCUGUGGGUAUGAAGAGAAGACUGAAUGGGGGAAAGAGAUUGGUUGGAUUUAUGGUUCAGUUACUGAGGAUAUCUUAACAGGAUUCAAGAUGCAGUGCCGAGGAUGGAGGUCGAUCUACUGCAUGCCCUUAAGGCCUGCAUUCAAAGGGUCAGCACCUAUCAACUUGUCUGAUCGGUUGCACCAAGUCCUUCGAUGGGCGCUUGGAUCAGUUGAAAUUUUCUUAAGUAGACAUUGCCCCCUUUGGUAUGCAGUUGGAGGAGGCCGUCUCAAAUGGCUGCAGAGAUUGGCUUAUAUAAACACUAUUGUUUAUCCUUUUACAUCCCUUCCUCUAGUUGCUUAUUGUACUUUGCCAGCAAUUUGCCUUCUCACAGGAAAAUUUAUCAUACCAACGCUUACCAACGUUGCAAGUAUUCUCUUUCUUGGACUUUUCCUCUCCAUUAUAGUGACAAGUGUGCUUGAGCUGCGUUGGAGUGGUGUUUGUAUUGAAGAUUUAUGGCGUAAUGAGCAGUUUUGGGUGAUUGGAGGUUCUUCAGCUCAUCUGUUUGCUGUGUUCCAAGGAUUUCUUAAGAUGUUGGCUGGUGUUGAUACCAACUUCACUGUCACUGCCAAGGCUGCUGAGGAUACCGAGUUUGGUGAACUUUAUAUUAUCAAGUGGACUACUCUCUUGAUUCCACCUACAACUCUUAUCAUUAUUAACAUGGUUGGUGUUGUUGCUGGAUUUUCUGAUGCACUUAAUGGAGGAUAUGAGUCUUGGGGACCUCUCUUUGGGAAGGUUUUCUUUGCCUUCUGGGUGAUUUUUCAUCUCUAUCCAUUCCUCAAGGGUCUCAUGGGGCGCCAAAACCGCACUCCUACCAUUGUUAUUCUGUGGUCAGUGUUGUUAGCCUCUGUCUUUUCUAUUAUUUGGGUCAAGAUAGACCCAUUUGUGAACAAAGUUGACAGUGAGACCAUAGCUGAAACUUGUGUUGCUAUAGAUUGUUAAGUCACUCAAAGGAUGCUUACCAAGAGUUUUUGUAAAUAUAUAUGUGAAAAGAUGCAUAAAUGGGUAAUGAUUUGAUUCAUUGCUUGUGUGAGUCAUAACUCAUGAGGAUUAGCUCUUUGCUGAAAUGUGUAACCAUAUUGAACUAAGAUUGGAAAUAUAUGUCAUAACUUAUAAGCUUUGGACAAACUAUACCUGACCUAUUUUUUUAAAAA